ACCUCCUGUGUAUACAGAGAGAAAGGCACAGCCAGACUGACAGACUGGAAACCAGCAGGACUUUGAACCCCAAAAGAAAGCUCUUCUUUUGAGUUAUCGCUCUUUACGGCACUAUUUAAUAUUUGAUCUAAGAGUGAACUGCAAUUGUGUUUUUGACAGACAGAGACUUUGACCUGACCAGGGCGUUUCAAGGUUUUUAAGGGCCAGGUGGGUGUUCCUUCGGUAAUCUGAUGAAUUCCAGUGAAGUUGAGGAGAGCUCUGACGUCUCGGGCUCCUGCACGCUGCCAGAGGAGUCCACGCCAGAUGGUGUCCAGCAGGAUCGCAUAUGACAUGCGAUAACAUUACAGUCAGGAAAGGUUCCCGUGUGGCCACAUCUGAGAUUAGAAGAACAAACAGCUGUCACUGACGGCAAAGCAUUGCCAGCUGGGUUGGCCUGCCGUGAAAUUAUAAAUGCCCAAUGGUGCUGUAUGUAGAACUGACUAGAAAAGAAACAACGUCCGAAGCACUGUUGGAGUUCUCUGAUCUCAUCAUUUAUGGCACAUAUGCUCUCAAGGCGUUUUCAGCAUUAACAAAACACAUCAAGGCGUCCUACUGUUGAACAUGACUCAUGGGGUGGAGUCUGGCCCUGAAACUCAACAGGAUUCCACUGCUUUAACAUAUCUGGAAGGUUUGCUAAUGCAUCCAGUCACAACUGGGCCUGCUGCCACUGUUACACGGAGAACAGAACCUGACCGCCACAAUGAGGAAAAUGCCAAUCAGGUGACUCGGGUGUUUCAGCUUCCCAACCAUGGCUCCCCAUCGCCAGACAAAGGCAGCCCACCCAUUGCAGCCUCCCAGCACCUUAAAAAAGCAAGACUGCUUCGCUCGGGGCCAUGGAGUGAAGCCGACAGCCAGAAACGAACAGGAUCUGUAAUUGAAGUGAAUGGACAGAGAAGGGAGCAUUAUAAAGGAAGCCUGGAUGGUGCUGGACAGGGGGAGAGCACCUUGCUUGCUUCUCUGCUGCAGUCUUUCAGCUCUCGCCUGGAGAGCGUUGCAUUGCAACAGCACAUUUCACAAAGCCACAAACAUCAUGACAUGGAGAACGGCGGCAAAAGUGCUCCUGUUGAUAAAGACUCCUUCCAGAGUUAUGGCACAGCGUCUGGCCGCCUCAAAAGCCUCAUGAAGAAAAGCAAGCAGCAGAACCAUAACACUGUGCCUUAUUGUCGUCAAAACCGAAGUUCAGAUUCUCCUCAUUCCUCUCAAAGUUCAACUCAGCCCACUGGCACCGAGUCGAUGCCCUGCACACAGCGACUCAAGGCGGUUGCAAAUAUGGUGAGGACCAGGUUAAGUCCAGCCCCCUCUCCUAAACCCAGUGUAGCCUGCAGUCAGCUGGCCUUAUUGCUUUCCAGUGAAGCCCAUCUACAGCAGUACUCCAGAGAACAGGCCAUAAAAGCACAAUUAACCAGUCGAUCAGCAAGCGAGAGACUAGCAGCAAUGGCUACUCAGAAAACGCAGGAUACAAGGCCGCCCAGCAUAGGGCAGCCACCAACCACUCCAGACAUGUUGAGCCCUUUAAAUAUCCAAAAUGGAACACUCCCCUCACCCUCAUUAAAGACUAGCCCUUCACUAGCUGUAUCACCCUCCACAAAACCUCCCAAAGAAAGACGGCCCUUUGACAGACACAGUCGACCCCCGCAGAACUGCAGCAGCUUGUUGCUUCUCCUCCUCAACAACCACAACUCCCAUCAGCGGCUCACCAAGAAUGGACACCUGGAGAAUGAUUGCGGUAUCCUCCUGAGCCGGCCCUCCUCCCUUCAGUCCGACAGCGAGUACUCCAACCAGGAGUACAGUCUGACCAAAGACAGCAGCGAUGCCGAGAGCAUCUCCAGCUGUUCCCCCAUUGACCUCUCUAUGAAAAGAAGAGCCCCCAGCCAAAAAUCUGAGCCCUGCUUUUCUUUAACCCCCUCUCUGGACAAGCUCACAGACUCUCCCAUAAACAAAUGGAAGCCAGAACCUUUUGUGCCAAAGGUCUACGAGGCCACAGAUCUGGAUACUAGCCCAGACAUGAAAUCCCAUGAUAAGGUCACUCUAAUGCAGUUACUGCUAGACCGCAAAAAUAACGAGAAGGUAAACAAAGGUUCAGAUAAUCCUGAUUUACGGCCUAGCACAAUCAUCAGCAGCUUGGGUACAGCCCCGCUAAAACAGAUUGUUAUGCCAGAGGACAGUGGGACACAAAGUCCUCUGGACCGGCAGGUGGGUGGAGGGCUAUCUACAUUCUGUUCUGUCUCCCCCUCAAACUCGUACCCCUCGCCCCGUGCUCAGUCCAGUCCUCUAGAUCUGUGCAAAUCUAAUGCCCAUUCAAGUGAGAAGAAGGUGGACCCUUCGUUUAGUGCCAGCAAGCUACUACAGAAUCUGGCACAGAGUGGUACAAUGAACCUGUCUCCCUCUCCCCCUCCUUUGCACUCUCACAAGCCGACAAGCAGAAGGCAAAGCCCAGAACUUGAGCUAAACAAGCCUCAGGCUCUUUUGGAUCGUCUUGUUGUUGCAGUCAAGCGCAACAGAACCUCCACGCUGGAUGGUCCCCCCGCUGCUCUCACACCUCACAAAUGUGAGCAGCCGCCUUCGGCGUCAACGCAGAUAGAAAACCUUCUUGAGAAGCGUACCGUACUUCAGCUUCUCCUGGGAACAGCUUCCCACAAGGACAGAACCAAUGGACUUAAAGUCUCAGAGGAGAAGCCUCAGGGGGUCGCUGCCAACUGUGAGAGCCAAAAUAGACUUUCACAUCUUAAGAUCAAAACAGAGCCUGUUGAAGAGAACUGGUCAUCAGAAAGCUCUGAUGACGGGAUGCACAAUCAGAAACGAUUAAAACAACACAACAACAAAGCACAGGACAAGAUCAAACCUGAGCAUUGUCCUACAGAAACUGCUGCUAAAUUUGGACUUCUCAGCGAGCUUUUACAGCAGAAUGCUACCUAUCAAUCAAACCCACACAACACGCUCUACACUAACUCUGUGAAGGAGGAGCCAAUGGAUUUUCACAGCACUCUCCCUAAAAAAAGAAAACUAUGCGUUGAGCUGGCGGAGCACCUGAGUAAUGAACUCUGUCAACGGUCAGGAGAUAGCACUAGUGACAAUUUGGUGUCUAAUACAACUGAAAACAAUGGCAGAGGACUGAUAAGACCAAAAGAGGAAGAUAUACUUGGGAGUCCCAGGAGCAAAUCUCAACUGUCUCGAGAAAGCCAAGGCUUUAAUGUUCUUAAGCAGCUCCUACUCUCAGAAAACUCUUUAAAGGAGCUUGCCCAGCCCAGAGAAAGUCCUGUCCUCCCUCAGGCGAACUGUGCAGCUAAUGGGAGCUUAACUAACUCUGCUUUUCCACACUUGCCAUGGUACCCAUUUUCUUUUGGUACAGGCCCUGGUGUGCCCAAAACAGAUAGCACUGGCGUAUCACAACUUUGGGCUAUGGAAUCUCCUAAAGCCAGCUGUAAAUCCGUUAUAAAAGAACCUGAGAGGUCACUUAGAGAAACUAUUAGUAGGGAGGAAAGAUCCAGUCUUGACUCGCCUCCUUUAACCAGGUCUAACCCGAUUUUGUACUACAUGCUCCAGAGGGGAAAUGGUCAGCUAAGAACUGAUAUUCAGGAUCAGGUCCAGCCAGCACACUGUGUCACAGGUGUUAAAUCGGAGCCAUGCAAUGACUAUGAGCACAGCAUUAGCUCUCCGGCCCAUAGACAAACUCACAAGCGAGGAGAAGAGAGUCUAAAUGACUCGGUGGAGAAAUGGUAGAUGUUUGAGAAAUGUGUGCAUGGCCAUUUAUUUAUGUCUGUGAAAUCUUCUUUAUUGGUUUUUGAACUGAAUAAAUGGCCGAACAUCUUUGAGGAUAUUUGCCCCAGCUUAGAAUUAUUUCAUAUAUGUGUUUGUUUGAUUUGUUUGUUCUUAUUGAUGUCAUUAAAUGGUCCUUCAAUGUUCUUCACUUUUUUUGCUUCUUUUAAGAUUUUUUUAGCAUGUAUGCUAAGCUAACUGUUCAGCACAAUGUAAAAAUGAACUCUUCCUCCUUCCACACCUGAAACAUUUAUGAAGAACAUUCACUUACGUGUAUUAUUGAUGAAUCCAGAAAUGUUACUGCUAAUUUCACUCUAUAUUUAUCUACAGCCGAAUCAGGUCCCUUUCCAUUUUUCGAGGCAGAGAAAAAUGUACAGUUUAAGCACAACGGAAUAUUGGAUUUGUGGCAUUGAAAAGUCCAAUUGAAAUGGGAAAAUGUAUAUUUUCUUACAGCAGAGUUUAAGGAAUGGGUUGUAAUCUAUCAGGUAUCUUAUAUCUAAGACUAGCAAAGGUCAAGAGGGGUUAUCAGAUGUUUAGGGCUAAAAAGGCAACAACAUUUACUGGAAUGUUAUGUUAUUGUAAUUUAGUCAGAUUUACAGUGCUUUAAUUUCAUCUGGAAUGAAACCGUAGGUGUUACCGUGGUGAUAAUGGCAUGAUGUUUUAAAAACACAAGAAUACGCAAGUGUCAUAUUUUAGCAAGUGAAAUGUAUCUUUUUGCAUUUCGUUUAAUUUGUUUUGUACUUUAAAUAUUCUAUAUGUAGCAUUUUGCCGGUUUCAGUAGACUGUUAUGUUAUGUUAUGAAGUAUAGACGAUUUUGCGGAGUGCUAGUUUGUCCCCCAAAGCCAUGAGGGUUAACUAUGGAUUAUAUUUAUAGAAUAUAAAGAAAACGCUUUCAGUGUGAAUUAGACACUACUGUGAGAAGAAAUAGGAAUCUGUCUAAUAUUUUUCUUUUGUCUUUUGUUCAUACAAAGGCCCAUCACUUACAGAGUCUUAAACCUUAACAUUACAGAUUUUAUUCCACGUUCUCUGUGCGACACGUUUUGACAAUGAUUCAAUAAAUUUAUGUAAAUAUUGCUUUCAUGAUGAAAGAUGACUAUUUUGUAUCGUACCAGACAAAAAAAGUUUUUAAUGUCUUGCAUUGUACAUAUGAAAUGUGUAAUAAUGUACAUAACAACCAGAGAAUGACACUUUUUCUGCAUGUCUCUAUGUUGUGGGCUAAUGAUAAUCUCUGUUCAAAGCUCUGCUCUGCAGCCUGUAGCAUGUACGCAUGGGGAGUCCCUGUGUAUGGGGAAAUGUCAAGUCUUAAAAUAGAUGUUUUUCUCAUGAGGAGAUGGUACUUAACCAUAAUCUGUCUGCAAAUGCAGUCCUAGACUGUUGAGCCAGUGCUCAAACCUGCCAGGACAAAUGUUUAUUCAUUUUAUUUCUGAAUGUUUUCACAUUUCUUUUGGUUAACAACUGAAACAACAUUGGUAUGAAUUUAAUUUUGAGACCGUUUCAUAUACUUACUCCAAUUAUAAUCAGAGCCUUUUGGGUUUUCUUAUGUUCUUUGGUGUUUAUUUGCACUGACAGCAUAAUUAAAAUAUUGAAAUGCACAGAA